UUUCGCCGACGUCAUCACGCAUCGUAGCCAAACAAUGCUCAGGAAGAAGCCACGUUGACGAUCCUUACUUAAGUGUAGGCUACAAUUUGAGCCAGAAAACGGGAAUUUGUCCGAGGACGCUGUGAUUGCUCGUGGCGCUAGCUGGCACACACACGGCAGCCAUGUCCUCCCCGCCGAGAGACAAAGUCGAGACUAAAGCCGGACAUCUGCCUGCAGUGAAGGCAGGCGGCAUGAGGAUAGUGCAGAAGCACCAGUCCACUGCCCCAGAACCACCGCAGAAAGAUGACAAGGACAGCGAGGAGUACGUGAGCAGCAGCCCACCAAAGCCCACCGUGAUAGUAUCCGGAGUGGUCACAAAGGGUGAUAAGGACUUCACCCCUGCAGCUGCCCAGGUGGCCCACCAGAAACCUCAGCCCUCUGUCCCCAAGCUGCCCCCCACCCAGCAUAUCAACCAGCACAUCCACCAGCCACGCAAGUGAGCCCACCACACUCGGCUUCAGCGGCGACACAAACUCCACCAGCCGGCCUUUCCAAUGGAGCACAGAGGACGAAGAUGUUUCCCCCUCCAGGCACAGAUCUCCUACAGAUAAUCAGAGUAUUUUGUUCUUAACCAGUUCCAUUACAUGUACAAAGAAUUUAUCAGCAGCAUGGUGUUGAAAUCACAAUGCCACUGUGACCAUUAUAGAAGUCCCGCUCUGUACGUUCUUGCUGCGGUGGUGCUGCACCCCAAAGAGUUGAGGAGAAUCAUUUUGAAGGUUCUGUGUUGUUGUCUUAAGUUAGCACCGACUGUCAGAGGGACUUCUAAAAUAGCUACCAAUACAGGAUUAAAAAUUCAUGGAGAAAUUGAUCUGAGAUCUGAGUCUGUUGGGGGGAAGUUGACCCCAUCAGUGUGCUGACCAAAUCGGAUCCCUGCAACCAGCCAAUCACAGCAACCAACCAGUCACCUGAAAGUGAAGAACCCAGGCUCCAGCCUUCUACCCAUGACUAUCCUCACCGACCAAAAGAGCUAAUCAAUCAAUCAUGAGGAUGUUUUAGCAUCACCAAAACCCAAUGAGGACACAGAUAGCAGCUUCUUCUUCUCUCUUGCUGUCAGGCUGCAAUCUGCGUGAUGUGAGUGCGUUGCCGAGACUGUUGCCAAAUCACUCGGGAACAGUGUGGACCAGAGAAACCAAAACUAGCAAUUUACACAACAGCAAGAACCAACCCAUUACCCAAGUGCUGAGUUUACCAGGUUGACUCUGACUAGACGACAAGCAUUCCAUUUGACCCUGUCCCCUACUUUACUGACAGAGAUUUCCACCACAAGUGUACACCCACUCUAACACAAACACACACCCAUGCACAUACACACACGUCGCCCUCUUUCCUUAAUCACCCACCCCCUUACAGUGAAGGGUCCUUAAUUGCAACACUAAUGUUCAGGUUCCCAAGAAAGAGAGAAAAAUUAUCUUGCCAAGAAGGAGUAAUUUCCUAUUCUUAUUUAAUUAUGUUUAAAAGAAGAGUUUUAUUUUUGCUUUGCUCAGUUCUUUUUCUUGAGUAAAUUGUUCAAUUGUACAAAUCUUUAGUCAGUGAGUGGACUUAGGUAUUAGGUGUGGUUGUCAUACUAAAUAAAGAUUUAUCGUGAAGCCUUG